AUGUCGAUGAAUAUUGCCUAUCCCAUCAUCCAUUUAAAAGUCAGCUCCAAUUCAAGCAAAUCUUUCUGUGGCGAAGUGGCAAUAAUCUCUCCUGCCUUUUCGAAUUUUAAGACCUCAUCGGCUUCCUCCUUCAACGUCUUCUAUAGUCUAUCUACGAAGGGUGCAACAUUGCAAUUGAAGCUCGAUACCAGAUCUUGUCGCGUUUUACCCACCUACAUACAGUACAUUACUACAGUACCUACCCACAGCGACGCACCGCAGAUCUAA